AAUGUACACCUGUACUUCCUUGUUCCACUUUCAUAUUUCGCAAUCAUUUUACAAACAAGAAGUCCCGGAAAAAACUGAAAUCACACAAAAGAAAAACUGGCUCCAUCAGGUCUAUAAAUCAGUGCGCAGAGAGUUGUUUAUAAAGGAGGCUGCGAAUUUCCUUUGGUUAGUUCAGUACCACCAGGGACCGUCACGUCACAUACAGUCAUUAACUUAAAAAAAUCAUGGCGCUCAACAAACUCAACCUGUUAUUUGUUGUGAUUCUAUCGGUUUAUUUCAGCCCAGCUGUGGAGUCAGUGAAUCCUGGAUUUAAAGGCAGGAUCACCCAAUCGGGACUCGACUAUAUGCGUGAUGUUGGGCUACAGGUUCUGAAAGAGGAAGUACAGCAACUGAAAAUCCCAGAUAUUACCGGCGAUGCGCAUGUACCUGUGGUCGGUCACAUUACCUACACAGUGUCAAACAUUCGCAUCACAAGUUUCUCGAUCCCCCCAACCUUGACCUCGCUGACGACAAAGACUGGAGUAGGUCUGACUCUGGCAGCAACUGGGAUAAGUUUGUCUGCGUGGGGAAACUGGCACUACAGUAACCAUGGAUUCAUUCACAUCAGUGAUAGCGGUUCAUUUGAUGCAUCUGUCUCAAGUACAUCACUCAUGCUCACUUUGAGGAUUGGUGUGGACAACAGUGGGCGCCCUACUAUCUCCAUGACUACCCAAGACUGCUCAUUUAACGCGGGAAAUGUUAGAAUCAAACUUCACGGCGGCGCGAGCUGGCUGUACAAUCUGUUUUCGAAAGAUAUUGCUGGAGUUCUGAAAUCCUCUAUCAACCAACAGACUUGCUCUAUGGUGAUGAAGGAGGUUAAUGAUGAUCUUGAGAUGCAACUGGCUAAGAUUAAAGUUGAGGCACAUUUUGACAAGAAUGCAUGGGUUAAUUAUUCUCUGGUAGCGCCUCCUACGUUCACCGGUCACAUCGAUACCGCCCAUAAGGGUGAGGUGUUUCCUGCCGGCCCAGGCCCACACACCGAGGCCCCUUUUACCGUACCAGUCAUACCGUCAGAUCCCGAUGAAUCACGGCAUAUGUUUCUCUGGAUAACAGACUACAUGUUGGAAACUGCGGGAUACGUGUAUUACAAGGCAGGAGUACUGGCGUACAAUGCUACACAGGACAAGCUACCCCCAGGUUUCAAGUACAAACUCAACACGGACGCGUUGGCCGUGGAACUUCUCCUGCCACAACUGAAUGAGAAGUUUCCCAACAUGCCGAUGCAAGUCAAUGUCAAAGCUAUAGCGCCACCCAUGGUCAGAUUCACCCAACCUCAAAUCAACGCUUCUGUCAACUUACAGAUUGAUGUGUUUGUCAUUAAUAAGGACAAAUCGCUGACUUUUGCGGUGUCCUUGGGUGUGGUCGUGCACGGAUCUGCUUCUCUGGGCUGUGUUGAAAACGCCGCUGGUGGAAGUUCGUUGACAUGGACAGUAAAACUGAGGAAGACUGAUGUCACAUUGAAGCGAUCAGCAAUUGGAAAAAUAGAUACGGAUGGUCUGGCCAUUGGUAUUGAGUUUGCCUGCAACGCUAUGCUUGUUCCCUGGAUUAAUGAAGCAGGAAAGAAAGGCAUGCCCCUGCCGAACGCAGGCAACGUCAAACUUCAGAAACCUGUCAUUCAACAGGGACAGGGCUUCGUGAAACUCGGCACGGACAUUUUGUUCAUCCCAUCUGAGUAAGGUGCUGCCUAGUCAUGUAUGGAUGGAAAAGUGUGAUGCGUGAAUUAAAAGUGGCAUUCUGUGAACUAUAAGUGGUUAAUUAGACUAUAUUAUUCAGAUGAUCAGUGUUAUUAAAGCUCGUCAAUUCAGGUUUUGUUUUGCUGUGUGAGGAAACUUGUGUAAUCCCUAUAGCGCCCUCUAAACACAAUGCGCUCUGAAAAGUAAUGGCAAUAAAAACUUACGUGGUAAGGAGGACAGGCUAUAUCAGCUUUUGAUAGUGUAAAAUGCAUUUUGAGAAACAUUUCACUUUGAAGAACUAUACGGUUAUGGAAAAGGAUUUUUAUCCCAAAACUUAUUCUUCCUGAUUGGACAUGCAAAUUGAGGCAUUGCAUGGUGAGUUAUCAAUAUUAUUUGGUUUGCGGUAUACACACAUCAUGGGGUUACCGCAAACAUAGAGGAUUACAAUAAUCCAAAAACGAAAGGGUUACUUUAACCGUCAUAUAUAAAUAACUAUAAACAAUCUUUCCAUAAAGUUAUUGCUAAUAUUAUACUUUAUAGAUAUAGAACUGCGUGUGACGUAAUAAAAUUAAUAAAUCAUUGUUUCAAAAGUAAGUUAAUUAUCAUAGCUAGAUUUUCAAGAGUGAUCAACCGUGCCAGGGUAAACAAAUAAUAUUUGUUUUAUUUUUAGUUAAUAACACACAGCUCAUCUACCAUGUACCUUUUAAGUAAAUAAAAUCAAAAUAACAUCCAAAGAAUUGUGCUUAUAUUACGGCUGGUGUUCUUCCGUGAAAUUGUGACGUCAUCGUCUGGUACCGAGGCCAGUUGUCUGCACGCACAGAUAAUAUUCUGGAGUUAAGUCUUUUGACGAGAACAAAACUUAUACUCGACUCCCAUUGUUGCUGUGAUGGUGUGUAAAUUUAGCUUUAAAUUGUAUUUUGUUGCUUGCUUAAAAGGUUUACUCCUUUGCUUAUCGCUAAUUCCGUUAAUCGCUAAUCGUAGAUCGAAGCAAUAUAAGUCGCGGCGGCGCGCAUAAUUUAUAUUGAUGUGAAAUUACUUCACAUUUCAGUAUAAACUAAUUUGCAUGAGACUUUUCGUAAAGUGAACAAUUGGCCUAUUGUGUGUAAACGUCUCAAACCAUCACUCGUGGAGUAAAUUAUUGCCAUAAAAUGACUAGAUUUCAUCAAAAUAGAUUAUAAUUCAAUUUCCAUUUUAAUCAUUAGGCAAAUUAAAUCGCUAAGUUAAAAUACGCUGUAAAUAAAUAAUUAUUUUAACCAGGUCACUGGACAAAUUUGUAGUAAUGUAUCGGUCGAUUAGGCCUUCGACCUUUUUAUAUGGCAAGAGUGUGAAAUACUGAAAUUGCAGAACAUUUAAUAAAAUAAUUGGAAUAGGUUUUGAUAAAGCAUACAUUCGUAUAGUGAUUACCUAAUAAAGCUUGUAAAUUUCCUUCGAUAUGGUAUAAUAAAUCUAUAGACGACUACAGUUCUAAUCAUUCCAAUUCA